AUGGACGAUAAAGAUGUUCAGGAUUGGAUGAAGAACAAACGAGAUGGACGAAAGGUGGAAAGGCUUGCAAAGGAAUUAGGGGAGACGAGCAUCGACGGGACGCGUCACCAUAAAGACGGUACUAUGAGUUACGACGGCGGAAGUCCGAAAAGUGCUCCUCCUGAAGCAUCAGUCGAUGGAACAAUUGAUCUAACUGGUGAACAUGGCCAUGCAGUGAAGCGCAAGGCUGCAAACAGUACGGAACCGUCCGAGAGUGCAGACAGUGAUUCUACAAAUCACUGCCGUCGGAAUUCCCGUCGAUCCACAGCAAGCAAGUACUACAAAAAGGUCAAAGCGGCAGAGAUUGAAGAAAUCCAUCCAAUGGCCCCGACUGGCAAUCUCGAAGUUGUUCAGCCUACAGACACCAUCUCAGAGGCAGACUCUCAGACGGACUUUUCUAUUCCGAGAUGCCAUUCACCCGAAUCAAUGAGUACUAGUUCAGGUAGAGGGAAGAACAACAGCCACCAUUGA